AUGGCCGACAGCACAAGAUCUAGCGCCACGCAGAGCAAUUGGCCCAGCAAUUUAGGACAGUCUGAUGCUGGAAGCGGAGGUGGUCUUGCGCGUUCGCUUAUGGUGGCACGCCGAUCAAUGCGAUCAGGUUCCGGGACGUCCACAGGCUCGUCUAGACCCGUCUUCCGGCGCAACCACAUCACAACUAUUGACCGGAAGGCACUCUGUGAGUUGCACGAGAAAGACCCGACUCUCACGCAUAAGGAGCUUGGGGAGCUAUAUGGCAUCAAGCGAAGCACGGUGACCAAGCUGCUGAAGCACAAGAAGAGAUGGCUUGAGUCUACGCAGUUUCCGACAUACAAGGCCAAGCGCAAGAGUUCAAUCAAGUUCGAUUACGUCGAGAACAAACUCAACAGAUGGCUCGUCAAGGAAGCAGCGGACAUAGAGCUCACCGACGCCUUCCUGCGCGAGCACGCGCGGCGACUUGCGGAGGACUCGGGCCGGAUGGGCAAGGACAUGCGUUUCAGCAAUGACUGGCUACAGGGCUUCAAGGACCGGUACGGCAUCCGUCGCAAGCACAUGUACAUCAAUACAAAGAAGCCGCGCAAGAUCAAGGCGCAGGCGUUCAACCUGCUCUACGCGCUCGGCCUGCCGUCGAACUACAAGCCGCGGUAUGUGACGAUAAGGAAUGAGAAGGACGUGCUGGCGGAGCUGCCAGACACUUUGCCGCCGAUGGAUCCGGAACCAGGGGAGGAUCCGUCGGCCCGCUCCUCGGAGGCUGCUUCAUCUACUUCGACUUCUGCUGCAGAAUCGACACAGCCGAGCGGAUCUACCCCACCCAGCGCGACGGCAGGUACGUCCACCGCGUCCUUGACAUCCGCUGUUAUCACUGCAUCCGAGAAUACCGGCCGUGAAUCAGGCGCGAAUACGACCACUCAGUCUUCUUCCAGCGAUCACAAUCCAGCGACCGCGUGCACGAUCGCCGAGGCGGACAAGAUUAUGAACAGACUUAUGCGCUUUUUUGACGCGAACGGAGGCAUGAUUACGGAGGCGCAGCGGGAGUCGUUCGGAUCCAUGGCCGCUGCCUUGCAGGCGAAAGAGUCCGAGAUGGUGACUUCGUCCAGUCGAGCACCCGCCGCACUUUGA